AUCGAUAGUUUGUGUCAUUCCUAAUUCAAAGUAUAUCUGUAAAUAAAAAAUGGAUCAGAGUAAUAAAACACAUAAAUUGAUUUGCAAAAAUCGGAGGAAGACUGAUUUGAAAAGAAAAUUAACUAGAAUUGACUCGCCCAUAGCAAAAUAUGACUCCAUAGGUAAUUUAUCAUGUAUAAUAUGCAGGAUGCCCAUCAAGCCAAAUAUAUGGCGGGUACAUCUCAACUCAAAACAACACAAGCAGAAUGUUGAGCUCGCUAAACGAUGCACUGAAAUUGAGAAUAGUUCGGAAAUCUUAAACACAGCUAAAUCAAUAGAAAUACCGCGUAAAGUCGAAUGCAUUUCUAAUAUAGAUAUUCAGAUACAGUCCAAUGAUGAUCAAGCGACACAAAUAUCUCAAUAUAAUAAAUCACAGGUAUUACCUGAGAAAUUCUUUGAUCAUGAAAACUCUGUAGCUGUCUGUGGAAGUGAACAAGAUCCAGAGGCGGAAUGGAUAAAGUUUCAAAAGGAAAUAAGAGAAGCAGCCACAAUUUCGAAUAAUAUUGUAUCUGAGGAGCAGGAAAGCUUAAAUAUUAAACGGCAUUUAAAAGAAAUUGACGAACAAAUUGAAAACUGGAAAAGGUUCAUAAAAAUAAAUGAUAAAAAAACAGCGCUUUCCAAAAAUAAGCGUAGAGACCCAAAGGGAUUUCAGUUUGACUUGGAAUCCAGCUCCAGUGAAGAAGACAAUGUAGAUAAUUUGUUAGAUUGGAGAAUGAAAAGUGUUCACAAAUAAUAUAGAUGACACUUUUAAACUUCUUUAAGGAAAAUACCAUAUUAAAACAUAUGCGCUUAGAAAAGAUAAAAUAUUUAAUACAUUUUUUAUUCAAUGUCAAGAUGCACAACCAUU